AAGUGUCAAAGGUCAUGUCAAGUUCUUCUCUUUUUGGUCAUUAAAAAAUCUAUACGAAAUUUUCCAACACAAAAAUCGCCCCAUAAAGUCACAAAAUGUCCUCUCUAAACGAUAUUUAUUCGGAAAACAGUUCUUACAGCACACCAAGCCAUUUACCAGCAGGCCAAUUCAAAACUUUACCAUCACCCUACUUAAACUUCGAUCCUGGCUACUUGCCUCAGACACAGCCCGAAUUCAUAUUUUUGGAUGGGGGCAGUAAACAAAGAGGCCGCUUCGAACUGGCAUUCGGACAAAUUGGAGGAUCAUGUAUGAUUGGGGCUGGUUUGGGAGGUGCUUCCGGGUUUUAUAACGGCCUCAGAGCUACUACUUUGGCUGGACAGACUGGGAAAUUACGACGAACACAAUUACUAAACCAUAUAAUGAAAAAAGGUAGUGCCACAGCAAACACAUUUGGCAGCGUAGCAGUAAUUUAUUCAGCUUUUGGAGUGAUUUUGUCAUGGGCCAGAGGCACAGACGACGAUCUCAAUACAAUUACAGCAGCCACAGCUACAGGUCUCUUGUACAAAUCUACAGCUGGUCUGAAAAGAUGUGGUAUGGGCGGAGCCAUUGGCCUAGGAGCUUCACUUAUAAUAGCGAUAUGGAAUAACAGAGACAAAGUUACAAAUCUAGGACAUUAUAAUCCAGCGCGAAGGUAAAAAAUCGUCAGAGAUAGAUGAAAAUGCCAGAGAAACCCUGAAAAAAACCUUCCAAAAUUGUAAAUAUUUAUAUUAGGUAUUUAAUUAUUGUAAAUUUUAAAAUAAAUGAUUUUUUUUUCUUGAAAUUUAAAGUUUUCUUGGGUAAAUAAUGCACCCUGCUAUGUAUAACAAUAUUUAAUUUAUUUUGCACUAAGCUGGCAGAUUGUGUAUCACCUUAUACAUCCUUGGCAAAAUAGUAGAAACUGCCCAUAUUUACAAAAUUAAUUGAAUAACUAACUAAAACUAGACUACAAAUUACGAAAGAAAAACAAUUAAUUAUUGUUCAGUUUAGGUUACAUAUUUGUUUGCUCUCGUUGAAUUCUUAAACUAUAGGCUUUUGAUACUAAGUUCCAGGAGUCCAUAUACCUAUCCAUACACAUUGCAACGCAUUUCUAAAAAAAAAAGAAAUAUAUACACAUCAAUGGAAAUUGCUAAAUCUGGGAGUUAAAACGUUUACCUGCUCUGAACUAUCCAGUGAAGUUCCAGGCUUGGAUAUACACUUCUUAAAACAUUUCUCAGUCAUUUUCUACAAAAACAAAUCAAGAUAAUAUGGAAAAAAAUCUCUGAAGGUUUUUAUUGAGUCCAAAACUUACAGUGAGCAAUUCCUGUGCAUUAGCCACCGCUAUUUGUUGCUUUACUUGGUCCAUUAGCUCGUCCUUUUGGGCACCACUUAAGCCUGAAACCCCAUCCAUGGUGGUUGAUUUUAAUUGAUAUCUACAAUUUUUUAUUUAAAAAUCGUGUUGAUUGGAAAAUUCGGCCUGUUUUAUAAUUUUGAGGUUAGAUGUU